UCCUACUCAUGAGGGUGUUUUCCUUCAUUUGCUCUCUUGCUGAUAAUUGUUUACAGGGUCAUUGUUACUUUUAUCUACCGGCUAAAGUUGUAUUUUUUAUGUUCAAUGAUUGUCUUUGAAAUAACUCAAACAUCAGUUGACGUAGAGAGGAGAGAAAAAAAUAUAUUAAAAAGGCGGAACCAAAAAAACAACUCGUAUCCAACGUCGGAACUUGACAAUGUGACACCCAGUGAAAGUAAACAACGGAGUUAGCGGGGAAUAGAUUUAACCUUAGUACUAGUCUACGCCGAGGUAAAACAACAAUGUCGUCAGUUGAGAACAUGAGAAAGUUUGUCCACGAGCGGCUGACUGCUGCUGCGGAAGAAAUAUUCGGAGUUUUUGAAAAAACUAUCUUCGAGUACCAGGAAGAGGUCGACCGUCAGCGCAGACUGCUGGACAUCGUUUGGAAACCUGAAAUAAAGCUACACAGAACAGAGCUCCCAGAGCAACAUGUCUGUAAGGAGGAGGAGGAAGAGGAGGUUCUCUCUGAGCAGCAGCUCUGUAUUCAGGAGAGGAGCUCCAGUCUGGACCAAGAGGACCCAGUGCCUCCACAGACCAAAAAGGAACAAGAGGAACUCUGCACCAGUCCGGAGGGAGAGCAGCUUGAGCUGAAGCAGGAGAAGGAGACCUUCAUGUUGACUCCUACUCAUGAGGAAACGGACCACAGUGAGCCAGAACCCACAACUGACCACCAGCUCGGAGCUGAGAGCCCAGAUCGUAAAGGAAGUGAGCAUGAAGACUCUGAAUCAACCAGAAAUCCAGAGCCAGAACCAAAGAAAAUAGAUCCCAAAAAUAGAAGUCACUGUGACGAUGAGAACUUGUUAAAGAUUCCCAAUGAUACUCAAAUUGGGAAAGCACUUUUCCAAUGUGAUACAUGUGGAAACACAUUCAAGUGCAGGUCAGGUUUGUCUAUACACCUGAGAACCCACACAGGUGAGAAGCCCCUUUCUUGCACAUUAUGUGGAAAACGAUUUAGUGGGACAUCAAAAUUGAAUGCUCAUACAAGAAUCCACACUGGCGAGAAGCCAUUUACUUGCAAAACAUGUGGAAAGGAUUUUAUAUCUAGUUAUCACUUGAAAAGCCACAUGAGAACACACACAGGUGAGAAGCCAUUUUCUUGCAAAACAUGUUCGAGGAAUUUUGGAAAAAGUAGUCAUUUGACAGUCCACAUGAGAACACACACAGGUGAGAAGCCAUUUUCUUGCAAAACAUGUUCGAGGAAUUUUGGAAGAAGUAGUCAUUUGACAGUCCACAUGAGAACACACACAGGUGAGAAGCCAUUUUCUUGCAAAACAUGUGGAAAGGAUUUUCAAAAUAGUUAUCACUUGAAAAGCCACAUGAGAACACACACAGGUGAGAAGCCAUUUUCUUGCAAAACAUGUGGGAAGGAUUUUAUAUCUAAUGCUAAAUUGAAGGUCCACACAAGGACACACACAGGUGAGAAGCCAUUUUCUUGCAAAACAUGUGGCAAGGAUUUUAUAUCUAAUGCUCACUUGAAGGUCCACACAAGGACACACACAGGUGAGAAGCCAUUUUCUUGCAAAACAUGUUCAAGGAAUUUUGUAAAAAGUAGUCAUUUGACAGUCCACAUGAGAACACACACAGGUGAGAAGCCAUUUUCUUGCAAAACAUGUGGGAAGGAUUUUAUAUCUGAUGCUAACUUGAAGGUCCACACAAGGACACACACAGGUGAGAAGCCAUUUUCUUGCAAAACAUGUUCAAGGAAUUUUGUAAAAAGUAGUCAUUUGACAGUCCACAUGAGAACACACACAGGUGAGAAGCCAUUUUCUUGCAAAACAUGUGGGAAGGAUUUUAUAUCUAAUGCUAACUUGAAGGUCCACACAAGGACACAUACGGGUGAGAAGCCAUUUUCUUGCAAAACAUGUUCGAGGAAUUUUGGAAAAAGUAGUAGUUUGACGGUCCACAUGAGAACACACACGUGAGAAGCCAUUUUCUUUCAAAACGUAUGGAAAAGAUUUUGGACGUAAUGAUGACUUGUUGGUUCACAUGUGGAGAGCCCACUCUGGGUAGAAGCCGUAACUGCAAGAAAACAUCAUUUGAGGCUACUCUGUUGACGAGGCUCAUAAGAUCACAUACAGACACGUAGCCUUGUGUUUGCAAAAUGAAGAAAGAAACCCUCUCUUUGUAUCGGUGAGUCAGUAAUGUUGACAUUAGACAACUUCUGUUUUCUGUCUACCUCAUUAAACAUUUCCAUGUAGUUUGUAAUUUCAUUAACUUGAAACAAUUAUCGUUGUUUUGGAUUUUAAAAGUGGCCCACAAACAAAUUGCAGGUGGUGUGCAACACGGUGCUGUCAAAGAAUCAGCCGGAGCAAUAGUGAAGAAAAGUGAAUGAAAAGUAGGAAUCAGUGCUCGAAGGGAAGUGGGCAGCAAAAUGCAGUUGUUUUUCUUACCUCUUGUAUGUAUUCUGAUGAUAACGUGAUGUGAGGUGAUGAAUACCAGAUUCACGCUGAGGUCUAAAGCUUUAAGUAUAUUAUGUUCAUCAAGGCUGCACAUGUGUCUCACUGACAUGAAGAGAAAAAGUAGUCAUAGUGAAGAACUGUUAAGUUAUACCAUACAAGAGUUGUUUUAAUGUUGGAGCUCACAGACUGUUUAUUGUUAAUUUAUGACUUAAUACCGUAGCUGAUGGUUUGAUCAGUGGGGCAUCCUCAUGUUGAACAAGCUGGGCUGGAAUGUAACUGCAUGAACUCAAAUACUGUAAUAUUGUACAACGCUGUCCUCAGAUGGCUAAGAUUUCAUUUAAAUUCCACACAUAGAAUCUUGAGCUUAAAAAAUGUAAAUAAAUUUGAGGUAUAUUUGUACUUUUAAUAUUUCUACUUUACUACAUUUUACAGGCAAAUGUUGGAUUUUUUUAAGCCACUCCCUUUUAUUUAACAGCUAUAGUUUGCUGAUUAAGAUUUUUACGAACGAAAAUGUAUAUAGUGCCUUCAAUCUGUUUUCUUGUUAAACUAUGCAUCACUGUGUGAACCUUGUAAACAAUUAAAUCGCUCCACCUCAA